CCAUCCCCGAAACUCAAGCGAGAAAGCGCAGAAGCCUCCUCGCGGCGCCUGCCCGCCCGGACCCCACCGUCCAGUCCGAGAGCUCGGCGACCCUCGCCUGCACCUCCUCUCCCAUUCACCCGCGCUGCGCUGCCAUUGGUCCAAAUUCCUACCGAUCCUCACAAGGCACAAAAAGGCGUUGCUCAAUGUGCUUCUUCUUCUGUUGCUUUAUAUAUUUAACAAACCUUCCCCCCUCCCCUCCACCACCCCAAUUAUCCAUCCUUGUUCUCCUGAUGGUGACUCUUCGCUCACUUGCAACGUGUCCUUUAGACUGUUCUCUCCUCUCCAGCGUACACGCGUCUCUCCCGCGAUCCCUCCUCCCUUCUCUUUGCGCUGAUGCCUUGAGAGCUGGUACCUUAUUUCCCUCUUCCUUCUCUCUCUCUCUCUCCUCUUUUUGGAUGCCUCGCAACAAUAAUACCGCUGAUGACCAUCCAAGAGGAAGCAGGUGGAGAAUGAAGCAUCCUUUGCCCAGGAAAGCCAUGGCUUAGCUCAAGAAGGAAAAGGCAAGAGAGGCGCAUCGGAAAAGAAAAAUAACAAACACCACCGCGCGAAAGAGAGAGAAAGAAAAGGGAGUCAACAUGAGUUUCCACAAGGAAGACGGGAUGGGCAGCUUGUGCCACAAGGCUCUGCAGAUCAUCUCCGAGUUGUGCCUGGGAGGGCAAGUGGAGUUGGAGAAAUGUUCGGGCAUCUUCCCGCUGGACACCACCAACCAAGACAUCUCUGUCAGCUUGCUUGCAGUCGUCGUCAGCUUCUGUGGGCUUGCCUUGCUGCUAGUCUCACUUUUUGUCUUCUGGAAGUUGUGCUGGCCGUGCUGGAGGAGCAAGCCGGUGACAUCGAACGCGACAAGCAUCCCUCAGAGCACCUCCAGCGCUCCCACUGAGUUUUUGGAAGCUAAUGAGAAAAAGGAAAUGAUUAAAGAAAACGGGAAGCCCUCCACGAAAAUCCUUGAGGCGGCAAUGAAAAUUAGCCACACUUCACCUGAUAUUCCAGCAGAGGUCCAGAAUGCUCUGAAGGAACAUCUAAUCAGGCAUGCACGCAUGCAAAGGCAGAUCACUGAGCCUGCAUCCUCAUCAAGGCACAAUUCCUUCAGGAGGCAUCUGCCAAGGCAAAUGCAGGUGUCCAGCAUUGAUUUUAACAUGGGGACAGAUCCUGUUUUACAAAGAGGGGAGACAACUACCAGCAUUGGAAGGAUAAAACCGGAACUUUAUAAACAGAAGUCUGUGGAUUCAGAAGGCCAGAAAGAGGAUGUGAAAACUUGUGGGAAACUCAACUUUACCCUUAAGUAUGAUUAUGAAAAUGAGAUGCUUUUGGUUACCAUUGUCAAAGCCUUGGAACUACCAGCUAAAGACUUCACUGGUACAUCAGAUCCCUAUGUGAAAAUCUACCUUCUUCCAGACAGGAAAAAAAAGUUUCAGACACGGGUUCACAGAAAGACAUUAAACCCUGUCUUCAAUGAAACCUUUCAGUUUCCUGUAGCCUAUGAUCAACUUUGCAACAGGAAACUACAUUUCAGUGUAUAUGAUUUUGACAGAUUUUCUAGACAUGAUAUGAUUGGAGAAGUCAUUCUGGAUAACUUUUUUGAGGUCUCCGAUCUCUCUAGAGAGGCCACAGUAUGGAAAGACAUCCAUUGUGCCACUGCAGAAAGCAUAGAUUUGGGGGAGAUCAUGUUUUCCCUUUGUUAUUUGCCAACAGCAGGGAGGAUGACCCUCACAGUCAUCAAAUGCAGAAAUCUUAAAGCUAUGGACAUCACUGGCUCAUCAGAUCCAUACGUCAAAGUGUCCCUGAUGUGCGAUGGUCGGCGCCUGAAAAAGAGAAAAACAACUACAAAGAAAAACACUCUCAAUCCAGUAUACAGUGAGGCCAUCGUUUUUGACAUCCCUCCAGAGAAUGUGGACCAAGUCAGCCUCUCCAUCGCUGUUAUGGACUAUGACCGAGUGGGACACAAUGAGGUGAUUGGAGUAUGUAGGGCUGGACUUGACGCUGAAGGCCUUGGAAGAGACCACUGGAAUGAAAUGCUGGCGUACCCCCGCAAGCCAAUAACCCACUGGCAUCCCUUGGUAGAGUUGCCAGGCCGAGCAACCAGUUUUGACAGUCAAGGAUCUUGCUCAUCACCAAAACCACCACUUACACCCUAGCUUGAACAGUGGAUUCUUGAUGACCAGCUUCACAACAAGCUCACCAUGUCUAUACGCUACAAAAGGUUUGGGUCUAGCUGAUGACCUGCAAUCAGAUUUUUGCAUUUUGAUCCAUUGUAUUUCUACUGCAUAAUAAUACCAUUAAUUCUCAUUCUUAACUUACCUUUCACUUGAAUACUUGUUAAAGAUGUCAUGAAAAGACGUCAUUUCUUUCUUUGUUUGAACAAGGCAUUCAGAAGGACACAAGUAUAGGUGGGUUUAAGGUCUUGAAAGCAACAUAAUGCUCAUGAUAGCACAAAUUGUGUCAACAUAAAGCUUUCUGUUGUACUUACUUUCUUGUGAACUCGCCUCUAAGUGGUGACAAUUUUAUAUAUUACAUAGAGGCAAAAACAGGUUUGCCACUGGGUGAACCUUGUAUUGGGAACUGCAGUCUAUCACAGCUCCCUAAUGAGUGUGCCAAACAGUCAUACAGUAUUUUUACAUGUACACUAGUAUUUCUUAAAAUCCGCCCCCUUUCUGAAUGUACUGUACAUUCUGUGGUCCCAAUACAGAGUGGGAUUCAAAGAGCCUCCUUGAGGAAGUUCACAUGAGCAUCAGCACUUCCAAGAAUCACCAAUCCGCCCCCCACUGCAGUCUCUUUCCAAUUGUGCUCAGGAAGCUGGGGUGCAUACCAACACUGAAUGAGGGUUGUAUCCAAUAUAGUGCUAAAGUCACUUUGCGGUAUAUUUGUUCCACUGGUGAAAUGUUUGGCACAAAAUAAAUGCAGUUGCACCAAAAACUACAUAAGCAGGUUGCUGGUAACUUCUCUGUAAAAUAGAUUGUGCAAUCGGUUGUGCAAUGAGUUUCCUUGAGCUCAACAGCUGGGUUUGAUUCCCCUGUUGUGUAAUGUGAAAACUCGCCCACCUGCUAGUGCAUGAGCCCUUGCCCUAAUACACAGAGAACAUUGGAUGCAGCCCCUGUUCUCCAUUGGGUUGUCCCUGUUUUCUGGGUUGAAUCUGGGCCUGAGAGCCAGAAGAAUGCCAGCCGUGCAACUGAGGUGCAGAGCUGCAAGGGAAGAUUUAGUGUAGACAAGAGCUUUUCGCCUUCUCUCCCUUAUGCAACCCAGCUGGAAAGGUUGGUCUGCUCCCCAGUUAGCCAUUCAGCCAAGGAAAACAGGAGCUGCUUAGCCACGGAUGGCCAUCUGGCAACCCCCAUCUGCUCCUGUGAUUUCUUACACCCUUUCCCCAAAGUUUAAGAAAUGCUGGUGUACGCCAAGAUGUCUUAUGUGUAAAUGUGGAACUGAAAUGUGUAAAGUAACUUGUGUUGGGGCCCAAUGUGUGCUGUGUUAUUAAAUGCACCUUUGCAUUUAAAGUGUGUAGGCUUGGGGGGGGGGGCUAUUUUAAAAAAAUGCAGCCCCUGAGGAUGGAUCUGAUAAGUAUUGGGAUUGUAGCAACUGGGGAAGAGGAGUUCUAUCUCUCUUCCCUACUGUGGUCCUGUCAAAGAUUAUUUCUCUGGAUCUUCUAUUUGCAUUAGGAAAUCCCCAAUAAUUAUCAGCCCAACAAUCCCUGCUUGCUUUAACACACACACAUACAAAGAUGCAUUAACCAUCACACCAAGUUUGGCCUUUAAUUUGGCACUUUAGCCUCUAGGGCUUUGAUAUAGCUUUGCUUUGCUAUAUCAAAGGGGCAACUCUUUGACACUUUAUUUCAGCUUAACUUCAUUGAUGUGAUUGACCUGGAGGAUUCAUAAUCAGACAUUUGGAUGCAACAAGAGCUUAGCAUAAGCAUUUAUGAAGCUACAGUGUGAAUUCAGGUCACUAGAAGUUGGGGCACGAAGAUGUUCAGGCAACCAGAAAUGUAAAGCCUUCAAAGAGUAGCAAAUUUGGGAGGGGGGGGAGAAAGAAAAGAAAAGAAAGUGGCCAUCCAUUCAGGAAGGCAAAAAGUCUUUGAAAAUGGUACCAAGAUGCAUCUUGUUCUGGGAUGCAGAUUCAGUGUUGUAAGUUGGAGGACUAAAAUCUGUUUUGCUUCAAUGUAGCAGGAAGUCAGCAAACCAAGCUUUGUUGUCUCCUAAAUUUGAAAUUAAAAAGUUGAAACUUGUGGAGCUCUGUCCUCCCGUGUUAGUUUAUGAUGGCUUAAAACAUUCUUAUGCUGACUGCUGACAGCAUUCCACACAAGCACACCAGUCAUUGCAAUAGAUGUGUGGAAAGGUCAGUGAAUCCUUAUAUUCAGGAGAACCAUUGAAAGAAACUCCAAAAUUAAAACAUUUGUGCAGCAGAAACUCACCAGAGCCUGCUGUUUGUGAAACCCUAAACUCUUGUGCCUCGCUUCAGGUGUGAUAGAGAUUUAUCUCCAUGCAGGAAAAAUGUCAGGCAUGAAGCAUCCCUCUUUCAGAGCUGGUCUUGCCAUGAAAUAGAAAGUAGACAAGUGCAGAGCUUGAUAUAAAGGUGAUGGAUUAGUGUGAGGACUUUAGGUUGAUUCUUCUUUCUGCAAAUCAAUUGCCUAAAUUGAUUUGGCCCUUUUGCUGAUCACAUUUAUUUGCCAAAUGUCCAAUUUAAAAUCUAUGUAUGGGCUUAAUUUCCAGCUUCCAUUAUUUUCAACACCAAUCAUGGUACAGUCAACUUGCAACUUAUGCACAUUUAACUUGGCUAGGAAAAAUAAAAAUUUAACUGGGGGCGAGGAACUAUCACAAUCCCACCCACCAUUUGCAUGCACAUUGGGAGAGUAUUUGGAGGUGCUGGGAGAGUGUGUUUUGACUAUCCAUGAUUUUGGCUUUACAAGCUAUCCCCCAAACAUAACCCCUGCAUAAGUUGCGAGUCGACUGUAUACACAGUGGUUUGGAUCCAGGCUGAAGCCCUAUUAGCGUUAGAAGUGCCCAUGUUUGAAGAGUACAUGGAGGGGGAGUCCCUUGUCCCAAUAUCUGCUCUAAGCCUUUGUGCAUUUGCAAGGGAUAUUCCAAAUACAUUCAGCAAUACAUGUUUAGAUAUUUCUCUGCAGUUGCGACCCUGGAUUAUGCAGAACCUGAAACUGCCAGGAUGAUUUUAAGCAUGUUUUCAUCUCCUUCAGACCUUCAUGCUUAAUGCACAGAGGUUAGAAGUGAUGGUGGCAUUGGGGGCAGGACCAACAUGCGCAGCCUUGCUUCCCAAGCGCCCACCCCCACCCCCAAUGUUCUUUGAACACAAAAAGUGACCAUGCCUGAAUGGGGCUUAAGUUAGUCACACUUCGGUCCCAACAACAUGAAAUCAAAUGUGGAACAUUAGUCAUGACUAAUGUAUAGGACUGAGAUCAACAGGACUCCAGAUUCUACCCAUAGUAUGCACAGUUGCACCUUAGAUAUGUCUGUUAUCACUUUAAUGAA